UCAAAACAACAUAAACAAAUCGGGUUCACUCAGAAACAGAGGCAUUCUCAUCAGAACGUUCUUACUCCAUCAUUUACAAGAGAAAUUUGGAUUGUCAGUCAGUGCUCACGGGAAGAGAGCAAGAAGGAUUUUUAGAGUAGCCAGAAAUCACUUCUUCAAAGACUUUCUGUGCCUUUUCUCAAUUUUGCAGUGACAAAAGAAGUGAUCAAUCCAUUUGCAUUCCUUUCUCAAAGUCGAGUAUUUGCAACUAAAAUCCAUCUCAACUAUUUCCAUCGCAUACAUCAAUCAAUCCAUAGCCUGGAACAUUUAUCAUCUCUUCCAACAUGUCAAAACCACCUUCUAAGUCUGUGUUUGUGGGAAAUAUUCCUUAUGGUAACUUGUUACUCCUUCUUCCUGGCCUUCGUUAUUCUACUGUACCAAGCUAAUUUAUUUCACCUUAAAAGGCCUUACCGAGGAACAGAUAGUAGAUAUCUUCAGUAGUGCAGGAAACGUUAUUAAUUUUCGACUUGUCUAUGAUCGCGAAACAGGCAGACCAAAAGGCUUCGGUUUCGCAGAAUAUCCCGAUUCAGGUAUGUGCAGUACACUGCAUAUUCAUUUUGCGACUUUGCGCAUCCAUGGUUACAUUGCUAAUAGCUCUGCGCGCCGCGUUUAGAUUCUGCGGCUUCUGCAGUAAGGAAUUUGAAUGACUACGAAAUCAUGAACCGAAAAUUGCGCGUUGAUUUCUCGAACGAUGGUGGUGAAGAGGAAAAUGUGUGUUGGGCUUUUCUUCUACCAAAAUCCGGUCUCUUAAGGACAGCAAUUUGCUAAUUUGUAUUUAACAGUCUGCACCAACCUAUCAACCUCCACCUCUAAACACAAAUGGUCUCCCGGUCCCACCUCCAUCCCUCCCAAUCACCCAACCCUCAAACACAUCCUCACUACCGCCUCUGCCAAUAGGUGUUGAGCUUCCUCAAGGCCUCAACUGCCCGGACGCCAUAUCUCGCACCCUCAACACCCUUCCCCCAUCCCAACUUCUUGAUGUCCUCUCCCAAAUGAAAACCCUCGCCUCGACCGACCCCCAAAAAGCCACUGAACUCCUGCACCAGGCCCCUCAACUCUCCUACGCCAUCUUCCAAGCGCUUCUCCUCAUGGGUCUCGUUCAACCCGAAGCGCUCUCCUCCGUUAUCGAGUCAUCUAUCGCAGCGCCAUCAUCAGCUCCUCCUGGCUCAAACAUUCCUCCACCAGUUGCGUCAACUCCCCAAUACGGAGGAUCGGCAUACCCUCCUGGAUACCCACCACCUCCUCCACAUAUGUCAGGUCAAAUGGGCAUGCCAAUAAUGGGUACACCUCCAGUCCAAGGUUAUGCGCCACCUCCACAACAAAGACAAGCUCCACCGCCACCAGCCCAGAUCCCUGAGCCUGAUACAAAUGCCCUGAUGGCGCAAGUUAUGGCGAUGCCACAGGAAUUAAUCGAUAGUUUGCCGCCUGCUGAUAGAGCACAGUUGAUGGCGUUGAGGGAGCAGUAUCGUGGAUAGGUCUAUGAUAUAGGUAGAAGGAAAGCAGUUCAGUUAGGGACGCAAUUUUCGCGUGAUUUUUACGUUAUGUGUAUUCUGGUUUAGACGUCAGGCGUUGAUAGGUAGUUGGGGAAUGGAACCAAUUAAGUAUCACGCGCUGGACGAAAUAAAUUCAACAUUAAAAUAUACUUCUUUAAAAUUCCA